AUGGCCUUCUUUAAUCACCACCAUCUCUGGACCUUCACUUUCGGUAUCCUAGGAAACAUUGUCUCGUUCUUUGUCUUCUUGGCUCCGGUGCCGACAUUUUACAGAAUUUAUAGGAGCAAAAAGACUGAGGAUUUCCAAUCGAUACCGUAUUUGAUCGCUCUAUUCAGCUCCAUGCUCUGGCUUUACUACGCACUCCUCAAAGGACACUCCUUCCUUCUCAUCACCAUUAACUCCUUUGGAUGCGUCAUAGAGAUGAUGUACAUCGCCAUCUACAUUGCUUAUGCACCGAGAUCUGCCAGGAACUCCACGAUCAAGCUCUUUGCUCUGAUGAACAUGGGAUUGUUCUCUCUCCUAAUUCUCAUCACGCACUUCAUUCCAAAUGGUGAUGCACGCACCACGGUGUUCGGAUGGAUCUGCACGACAAUUUCCGUGAGCGUCUUCGCAGCACCGUUAAGCAUUGUGGCACGAGUUGUGCAAACGAAUAGCGUGGAGUUCAUGCCCUUCUCUCUAUCAUUCUUUCUAACGUUGAGCGCCAUCAUGUGGUUCGGCUACGGUUUCUUCCAAAAGGACUGGUGCAUUAUGAUACCGAACAUCAUGGGCUUUGUCUUGGGACUGUCUCAGAUGGUCUUGUACGGAUACUACAGAAACAGAGAGGAGCUCCCGCAACACGAUGUUCCACCCCCCUCAGGAAAAGCCUCUGAAGUCCACCCUGUCAAAGGCGGUGAAGCCCGAGCGGAUGAGCAACAGCCACAGCUAUCACAACCAAAGGGUGCCGUGGAAGUGGUAGUUUCCGGUGAUGACCCGGGGUCUGAUCAGCCAAGUUAAGUUGGCUCAAGCCCAACUUACCAUCGAGCGGGGGCUUUAUUUAAGAAUGUGAAGGU